GCAUUUGUUUGUGACAUUAGCAGAGUGUGCUGUCACUGUCAUAUGGCAAGCCAAGGCAGCCUUGACUGGUUUAGAGCAGAGACGGUUAUUCUGGAUCACAACUGUUCACCCUCCACUGUAUCCAGCAGAGCCCUGGGCUUAAUCCUGAGCAGAACGCAGCCUGUCACAGAGGUAAAGGGGGGACAACUCUCACGAGUCCUGGGGGAGAUCAGACACAGUCAUUCAGCAUGAUUUUCUCAUGCGUAUUAUUGGAAAAACGCUUCCUUCUCCAGCUUCUUGUUCGUUAAUGGAGUUCCGGCAGGGCAGCGGUGAUUACUGCCACGCCCAACAUCGCAACGCUUGAUCACGGGGGGAUAUGCCCGAAAUCUGCCACUGAAUGUUUGGAGAAACGCCUUCUCUGCUUUUCUCUUGCUGGUCUUUCUGACUGACCGCUUUGCUGUGCGCCAAAUGGGUUAAUUGGCAUCGUGGCACCUGGCAUUUAGCUACCGGACACUGUUCCACCCCUCUAGCUGCCCGGAGUAUCCCUAUCAAGAGGAAGAGGCAGAUUUGGUGGAAGAGGAAGACUUUUUGUGGCCUCUAUUUACCAAAAAAGGCAGCUUUCAAUUUUAUGUGCUGAUUAGUAGUGAUUUAUCACAGAGGAUCCUGCAAAUCCCUGACACCUUCACUGUGAUUGUGCAUCUGCUGUAUAACUGCUCUAGGUCAGAGUAGGGCCAUACUGUGAGUGGAGCUGUGUGGCCCGGAUUGGGUGCUCUUUUCUUCUGUAGAGUGGAGGGACACCAGCAUGGUCAGGAUGAACCGUCCUGCUCCUGUCGAGGUCUGCUACAAAAACAUGCGCUUCCUUAUCACGCACAACCCAACCAAUGCAUCACUGAGCAGCUUCAUUGAGGAUCUGAAGAAGUAUGGGGCAACAACAGUGGUGCGUGUGUGUGAAAUCACCUACGAUAAGACACCGCUGGAAAAGGAUGGGAUUACUGUUAUGGAUUGGCCUUUCGAUGACGGCGCACCUCCUCCUACCAAGAUUGUGGAUGACUGGUUUAGUCUGCUGAAGAAUAAAUUCUGUGAGGAUCCAGGCUGCUGUGUGGCUGUGCAUUGUGUGGCCGGACUGGGCCGGGCUCCAGUGCUGGUGGCUCUGGCACUUAUAGAGAGCGGAAUGAAAUAUGAGGACGCCAUUCAGUUGAUCAGACAGAAACGCCGGGGCGCCAUCAACAGCAAGCAGCUGACAUACCUGGAGAAGUACCGCCCCAAACAGAGACUGCGUUUCAAAGACCCACACAACCACAAAAGCAAGUGCUGCCUCAUGUGAUCUGGUCUUACCAGCCUGCCACUGAAGGAACCAAUCACUCAUGGACUAAACCGGAUUUAAAUUACCAAUCUAGUGCAUUUGAACUCUUGCUACAAUUCAGGAGGGGAAUUCAACCCCCUUUUGUGUAUAUGUCAGACCCCUGCACACAGGGUCUUCACCAGCUCAGGGCUGUGAAAGACAAGCCUCUUGAAUUUUGUCUUUACACACAAACCCCCAUCCUCACAGUGUUUACAAAUGAACACAAACAUACGCCCGAUGCACACACUCAUGCACACUUUACCAGCAGCACCCAGUCCAAAGAUGAUCAUGGCCACCAGCCACCUGCUCAUAGAACUCAAUCACUGUUGUUUUACUCAUGCUUUCGUAUGAAACUGCUUGACUACCCUGUUCUUUCUCUUUUGUAAUUUUGAAGUUUCAGAAUGCAUGUCGCUGUACUUUUCUGAAGAUGCAUGUGAGUGGUCUAACCUAGCGCUCUCUUUUUUUCUACAUGGUAUCAUGAAUCUACUCUAGGGAUUCAAGUUUUUUUGCACCACUGGCUGCUUAUUAAUAGAACUGUGGGCAUCUGGAUGGAUAACAUGGCACACUUUCACCUGACUUCCAGGUUUUUGGUUGUUUUAGCUGCUUCGAAAUCUUGUUGAAACUCAUAAAAAAGAAAUCCAGCUAAUCUGAUACACUUCUGUACCACUGAAUUGCAAUCGUAAACCGAGAGAAAUCCAUGAGUGAGCACAAUUGCAGAUCA